AUGGCGAGCAAGCCGAAGAAUCCAAUGGUGGCGACGACAGCAGGCGCCAUCGCUGGUGGCAUUGAGACGCUGAGCAUUUGGCCCAUGGAGAUGAUUAAAACCAACCUGCAACUGGGCACGAUGCGCGCUCAGUACAAAGGAAUGGUCAGUGGAUUCCGCUACCACAUUCAGACGGAUGGCGUGAGAUCGCUGUACCGUGGACUGGCACCUGUGCUUGUAGGAUCGAUCCCUAAGGCCGGGAUUCGUUUCGGAGCCUUUGACUACCUGAAGCGACAACUAGCGGAUGAGAACGGCACAACGUCAGCAGUACGCAAUCUUGCUGCGGGCAUGAUGGCAGGUGCGGUCGAAGCCGUACUCGCCACAACACCGAUUGAGACGAUCAAGACGAAACUGAUCGGUGCAAACGCCGGCUUAUGGGAAGGAACAAAGAUGAUCGUGGCAAAGGAGGGUCUACGUGGCAUGUAUCAGGGACUUUGGGCAACGAUCUUGAAACAGUCGACAAAUCAAGGUCUGCGCUUCAUGUGGUUCAGCGAGUUCCAGAAGCAUGUCAAUCCUGCAUUUCUCGAGCGCCAUGGAGUCAUCAGUGAUGCUGAGAAUAUGACUGGUAGUCAGCGCGCAUCACUAAGCCUUGUCGGUGGCAUGACGGCCGGCAUCUUUAGCGUCUUUGGCAAUAAUCCGUUUGAUGUGGUGAAGACGCGCAUGCAGGGACUGCAGGCGCAAAAGUACAGAAACACAUUGGAUUGCUUCCAACAGAUGCUGCGGCACGAGGGCGUAGGAUCUUUCUACGCUGGAGUCGUGCCACGUCUUGGCCGCGUCAUUCCUGGCCAAGGCAUUAUUUUCAUGUCAUAUAACAGCAUCACACAGACCGUGUCACGCUACAUUGAGGGCUAG